AUGCAGAGAACUCCUCCUGGUAAGUCAUCGUCUGAGGCGGAUAUAAAUAAGACAUUUUUGGAUGAGGGUGAGAAGAUAAGAAAUUCUAAACGGCUACGUUCUUCUAAUUCACCUCGCCUUGACAGUUCGCUUACGUCCAAUCCUUCCGAAUUAACAUCUUUCAAGCAAGACCUCAUGAACAUGCUUAACUCCUGGAAAGACGAUCAGGACAGAAGACUGACUGUUUGGAAAACGGAACAGGAUGCCACUUUGACCGGGCUUGCCAGGGAUGUACUCUCCCUCAAGGCAGAUAUAGCGGUUCUUCAAAAAUCUUCCCUUGAAAUUGACUCGGGUCUAUCUUUUAUUAAUAAAAUGUACGAAGACGCGAAUGUAAGGGUUGUCGCCUUAGAGACUGCGAAGAAAGAAUAUCAGGACUGCAUUCGCAAGCUUGAAAAGCGAAUAGAUGAUUUUCAACAACAGUCCCGACCUUCAACUUUGGAAAUAAGGAAUGUCCCAACUAGGCAAGAUGAGAAUCCAACUGACCUCUCAGAGUGA